UAAAGAUUUCUGCGCAAGAAACCCUUGGGUAUAAAUGGCGAAAAGAUCAGAAUAUACGUCUUCUUCGCACAAGCAACUCCGUUUUCUCUUUCUCUCCGCGUCUCUCUAUAUAUAUCAUACACAGAUACACAAUAAACAGACAUCAAUCCUGUUUAAUUGAACUCACGAAAAUUCAGUGAGAUAUAUGUGAAGUAAUCGAUGGCUGCUUGCAAGCGAGUGUUUCAAUUAGGGAGCAAUUCGGCGAUUUGCUUAUCCAAAUUAUCAAAAUUCGAAUUAGCAAAGUCCAAACUGUACGGAACGGCAGCUGCUGCUUCGAAUUCGAGUGCCAAUCAGUUGAGUUAUCGCAGUAUCUCUCAGCACGUCAACCUCAAUGGUUCUCGCGCCUUUCUCGUCGAUACCUUAGCUCUUGUGCGCAGGCUAGAAGCGCAAGGGGUCCCUUCCCAACAGGCCGAGGCAAUAACAGCUGCUAUUACUGAAGUUUUGAAUGACAGCUUGGAAAAUGUAUCUCAUGCAUUCGUUUCAAGAGCAGAGUCGCAAAAGGGUGAAAUGCUCCAGGAAGCUAAUCUUUCCAAGUUCAAAGCUGAGAUACAGAGCUCGCAGGAGCAUCAUUUUUCAUUGUUGCAACGCGAGACUGAAAAGCUGCAGAAUGAUAUAGGGAAAAUCCGUAGUGAACUGAAGUACGAGGUUGACAAGGUCACUGCUGGCCAGAGAUUGGACUUGAAUCUUGAAAGAGGGCGUACACGUGACGAGCUUGCAAAUCAGAGUACAGAAACCACCAACUUGAACAACAAGAUUGACAGGGAAAUUCAAGGAAUAAGGGCUCAGUUGGAAGGGGCAAAGUAUGAUAUUAUCAAAUACUGCAUAGGUACCCUCGUCUCCGUUUCUGCAGUUGGUCUUGCUGUACUCCGCAUCUUAAUGUAGGGUAAAUAAAACUUCAGAUGGUGGCACUUUAAGAGAAGGGGGGUGCCAAUUGUUUGAGGCCACAGAUUUAUUUGUUUUGCUCAUUGUUCUCUCUCCAUUUUGGUCAUAUCUGAGAUUUGUGGAAAGAGUUUGGACAGUUGUUGGUCUCAUUGGAUAUGGGAGAAUAAUUACUACUAGAGAAAAUCAGUGCACACUAACCUGAUUUCUUUUGUUGUUUGAUUCCUGUCUAUUGUACCUAGCAAAGAACGAUGAGAUGGGGAAUGGGGGGUGGGG